AUGACUAAAAACAUUGGAAUCAUCAUCUACUCGUUAUACGGACAUAUUGGUAAAUUAGCAGAAACUGCUAAAACAGGGAUUGAAAGUGUUGGAUCCAAAGCUGAUAUUUAUCAAGUUCAAGAAACUUUACCACAAAAUAUAUUGGAUAUUUUGAAAGCACGGCCACCAAAACCAUCUUAUCCAAUCGCAAAUAAUGAAACUUUAACCAAAUAUGAUGCGUUUUUAUUUGGAAUUCCAACAAGAUAUGGUAAUAUGCCAUCACAAUGGAAAAGUUUUUGGGAUGGUACAGGUGGAUUAUGGGCUAAAUCUUCAUUACAAGGUAAAGCUGCUGGAUUAUUUGUCUCUACAGGGACACCAGGUGGUGGUCAAGAAGUUACUGCUUUGAAUUAUUUGUCAACUUUAACUCAUCAUGGUAUUAUUUAUGUCCCAUUGGGUUAUGGUAAAGCAUUCCCACUCUUGACAAAUUUAGAUGAGGUUCAUGGUGGUUCUCCUUGGGGUGCUGGUACAUAUGCUGGUGGUGAUGGUAGUCGUCAACCUACAAAGCUUGAAUUAGAAAUUGCCCAUCAUCAAGGUGCUCAAUUUGCUGAACAAGUGAAGAAGUUGUGA